GACCGGUCCUGGGCCGCCGCCAUGGGGGCUGGGGCCAGCGCCGAGGAGAAGCACUCGCGGGAGCUGGAGAAGAAGCUGAAGGAGGACGCUGAGAAGGACGCCCGCACGGUGAAGCUGCUGCUGCUGGGGGCCGGCGAGUCGGGGAAGAGCACCAUCGUCAAGCAGAUGAAGAUCAUCCACCAGGACGGGUACUCGCUGGAGGAGUGCCUGGAGUUCAUCGCCAUCAUCUACGGCAACACGCUGCAGUCCAUCCUGGCCAUCGUGCGCGCCAUGACCACGCUCAACAUCCAGUACGGCGACUCCGCGCGCCAGGUGCGCGGCGGGGCCGCGGGGGCCGGGGCGGCGGGGCGGGGGGGGCUCCGCGGACUCGGGGCGCAGGACCGGGCCCAGCCCGGGUCACGACCCCCCCCGCCCGCCGUGUGCCCAGGACGACGCCCGGAAGCUGGUGCACAUGGCGGACACCAUCGAGGAGGGCACGAUGCCCAAGGAGAUGUCGGACCUGAUCCAGCGGCUGUGGGAGGACGCGGGCAUCCAGGCCUGCUUCGAGCGCGCCUCGGAGUACCAGCUCAACGACUCGGCGGGCUACUACCUCUCCGACCUGGCGCGCCUCGUGACGCCCGGCUACGUGCCCACCGAGCAGGACGUGCUGCGCUCGCGGGUCAAGACCACCGGCAUCAUCGAGACCCAGUUCUCCUUCAAGGACCUCAACUUCCGGAUGUUCGACGUGGGCGGCCAGCGCUCCGAGCGCAAGAAGUGGAUCCACUGCUUCGAGGGCGUGACCUGCAUCAUCUUCAUCGCGGCGCUGAGCGCCUACGACAUGGUGCUGGUGGAGGACGACGAGGUGAACCGCAUGCACGAGAGCCUGCACCUGUUCAACAGCAUCUGCAACCACCGCUACUUCGCCACCACGUCCAUCGUGCUCUUCCUCAACAAGAAGGACGUGUUCUCCGAGAAGAUCAAGAAGGCGCAUCUGAGCAUCUGCUUCCCCGACUACGACGGGCCCAACACGUACGACGACGCGGGCAACUACAUCAAAGUGCAGUUCCUGGAGCUCAACAUGCGGCGCGACGUGAAGGAGAUCUACUCCCACAUGACGUGCGCCACCGACACGCAGAACGUCAAGUUCGUCUUCGACGCCGUCACCGACAUCAUCAUCAAGGAGAACCUCAAGGACUGCGGCCUCUUCUGAGGUGCGCUGCCCCCGCCCCGUGCUCCCCGCCCCCUGUGGGGCCCCCUCCCCACGCCUCUGGGGGACCCCCGCCUCCCAGGUCCCGCCCCCGCCCCUGGCCCCGCCCCUGGCCCACAAGUCCCACCCACUUCGUCUCUGGACCAGGUCCCAGGGCCCCCGGUGUCCUUGCGUCCAGACCCACCUCCUCCAUGUGCCAGCCGCAGCCCACUGAUGUGGGGGCUGGGAUGCUGGCAAGGUUCCUGACCGGUUGCGUGUGCUGUGGCCCCACAGCCCGGCCCCCUCACCCCAGCCUAUGGCCCCACCAGCCAAACCCUGCGUCCCACUAGCUUGCAGUUCCUGCCCUCCCCUGUGGCUCCGAGUGCCCCCGAGCCCAGCACUGCCCUUCACGGCCGGCCGGCGGCACCGGCUGCAGGACCCACCGCAGCCAGCCACAGCUAGGAGCCGGCGGGACUCGGUGACUCAGCAGUGUCCGCUGGCCGGUCCUGCCCUCCCGCCUGGGCCGGGACUCACCGGUGGGUCUGGGCUCCGCCAAAGCCCUCCCUCGCCGAACGAGUGCCAGGCGUUGCGGGGGGCAGGCGGGCCCCUCCUCCGAGCGGGCUGCUUGUCAUCGGCCCGGCCCGGCCUCCCGCUGCACGUGACACGCCGGACACCUGUCUGCCCCGGGGCCAGUGACUCCCGCCAGCCGCCUCAGGGGUCCAAAGUCGAAGCCAGCUCUGGCCUGGGCAGCUCCCACCCAUGCGUUCGUGAGGGGCCAGGCCUGGGCCCCUGGGUGCCAGGGAGGGCCUCGUGCUGGACCCUUCCCCACUGACCAGCCUCAGAGGAGCCCCAGCCCCUCCCCCCAGCCCUGCCCCCACUGUCCUUGGACGCCAGAUCCCUGCCCUGCUCGCCCGCCCGCCCGCCCGCCCACAGUGCUCCCGCCGCCGGCCAAGGGGACGAUGUGUGAGGGAGGGUGCUGUUGACACCCGAGGUGGCCAAUGGUCGCACUGUCCUGAGGGGCGGCUGGGGCAGAGUCCAGCUCCAUCGAUCAGCGGCAGAGGCGUUGGGACAGGUGGAGGCCCUGAGGGGUCCAUCAGGUGGGGUGACAGGCAAACAGGUGACCCUGGUUCCUGCCAGCAGCUUCUAUUCCAGGCUCACUCCCUGGCAGGAGUAACGGCCAUGCCUGACCCGUCAGGGACAAAGCCCACUUUCCCUCAUCCCCACGCCCUGCCUCACCAGCCACUCGCCCCUGCUGGUCCUGGGCCGGGCCUCCCAGCAGGAGCUCCCGCCCGGCUAGGCGGCGGCAGGCCUCGCACCCCGAUAGAUGCACUGACUAGGCCGUGGUCGGCAAGCUCAGAGUCCACAGAGCCAAACAUCAACAGGACAG